UUUUUUUUUUUUUUAAUCCCCGCACCAAGCGCUUAACCUCAUUGGGGUGGAGGAGAAGGCGGUGGCUGUCCGGUCCGCAGCCGCAACAGUAGUGAAUAAUAGAACUAAUGGACUGCUGAAUUAUGAAGUAUUUCAGACCCAGUUGUAGAUCAUCACCCGCCACUCUCUCCUUUAUUGCCUACUAGUUAUUUAAAUUGGACUUUUAAUAUCCUACCAGCUGCUCUUCAGACACACAUGGUGCAUUGCUGCCAUUCCGGGGAUUGCAUCUUUGAGACACACGCUCUUAGGAGCCUUCAGCAAACAAAGAGGCCACCUCCCGGUACGGCUACCGGGAGGGAGUCAUCCUGACCACCCUCUAGCCUUGGCCAGAUCUGGAUUUGAAUCCUACCAUGGAACCUCGAAUGGAGUCCUGUCUGGCCCAGGUACUGCAGAAGGAUGUGGGGAAGCGGCUGCAGGUUGGCCAGGAACUCAUAGACUAUUUCUCAGACAGACAGAAGUCUGCUGACCUGGAGCAUGACCAGACCAUAUUAGAUAAGCUUGUGGAUGGACUCGCUACCUCUUGGGUGAACUCUAGCAAUUACAAGGUUGUUCUCUUGGGCAUGGACAUCCUGUCAGCGCUGGUGACUAGGCUGCAGGACCGGUUCAAGGCGCAAAUCGGCACAGUGCUGCCAAGUCUAAUAGACAGAUUGGGAGAUGCUAAAGACUCCGUGAGAGAGCAAGACCAAACCCUGCUGCUAAAGAUCAUGGAUCAAGCUGCUAAUCCCCAGUACGUGUGGGACAGGAUGCUCGGGGGCUUCAAACACAAGAACUUCCGCACCAGAGAGGGCAUCUGCCUCUGCCUCAUCGCCACACUCAACGCCUCUGGGGCCCAGACUCUAACACUAAGCAAGAUCGUGCCACAUAUAUGUAACCUACUGGGAGAUCCCAACAGCCAGGUUCGAGACGCAGCAAUCAACAGUCUGGUGGAGAUUUACAGACACGUGGGUGAGCGCGUGAGGGCAGACCUCAGUAAGAAGGGGCUGCCACAGUCCCGGUUGAAUGUCAUUUUUACAAAAUUUGAUGAAGUCCAAAAGUCUGGAAAUAUGAUACAGUCUGCAAAUGAAAAAAAUUUUGAUGAUGAAGAUUCUGUGGAUGGCAACAGGCCUUCUUCUGCCAGCUCCUCAUCAUCCAAGGCUCCGUCAAGUUCUCGAAGGAAUGUUAGCCUGGGGACCACCCGUAGGCUCAUGUCAUCCAGUCUUGGAUCUAAGUCUUCAGCUGCAAAAGAAGGUGCGGGUGCUGUGGAUGAAGAGGACUUUAUUAAGGCCUUCGAUGACGUGCCUGUAGUGCAGAUUUACUCCAGCCGAGACCUUGAGGAAUCCAUAAACAAAAUUAGAGAAAUUCUGUCGGAUGACAAGCAUGACUGGGAGCAGAGAGUAAACGCUCUAAAAAAGAUUAGAUCGUUACUCUUGGCUGGGGCUGCUGAGUAUGAUAACUUCUUUCAACACUUGCGUCUUCUGGACGGAGCCUUUAAGCUCUCUGCUAAGGACCUGCGGUCUCAGGUAGUGCGGGAAGCUUGUAUCACAUUGGGGCACCUGUCAUCAGUUCUGGGAAAUAAAUUUGAUCAUGGAGCUGAAGCCAUUAUGCCAACUAUCUUUAAUUUAAUCCCAAACAGUGCCAAAAUUAUGGCUACUUCUGGCGUUGUAGCUGUGAGGCUCAUCAUUCGGCACACUCACAUCCCCCGGCUGAUCCCCGUCAUAACCAGCAACUGCACCUCUAAGUCUGUCGCAGUCCGAAGGCGCUGUUUUGAAUUUUUAGAUUUGCUUUUACAAGAAUGGCAGACACAUUCACUAGAAAGACACAUAUCAGUAUUAGCUGAAACAAUAAAGAAAGGAAUACACGACGCUGAUUCUGAAGCAAGAAUAGAAGCCAGGAAAUGCUACUGGGGUUUCCACAGCCACUUCAGCCGAGAAGCAGAACACCUGUACCAUACUUUGGAGUCGUCCUAUCAGAAGGCCCUACAGUCCCACUUGAAGAACUCAGACAGCAUCGUGUCUCUGCCCCAGUCAGACCGCUCCUCCUCCAGCUCUCAAGAGAGUCUCAACCGGCCGCUUUCUGCCAAGAGAAGUCCCACUGGCAGCACUGCAUCCAGAGGCUCUACAGUUAGUACCAAAUCUGUGUCGACCACAGGAUCUCUCCAACGAUCACGGAGUGAUAUUGAUGUGAACGCAGCAGCCAGUGCCAAAUCCAAAGUCUCCUCAUCCUCAGGAUCCACCGCCUUCAGCUCUGCAGCAGCAUUGCCUCCAGGAUCCUAUGCGUCCUUAGAGUCCAGACACAUGAGGGAAGACUUGGAGUACGUAGGCCUGGAUGCAGGUCGGAUCCGCACAAGACGGCAGAGCUCGGGGAGCACCACCAAUGUCGCCUCCACACCCUCCGACAGUCGGGGCCGCAGUCGCGCCAAAGUGGUUUCACAGUCUCAACCUGGCAGCCGGUCAAGUUCCCCUGGGAAGCUUUUGGGAAGCGGCUGUGGUGGACUUGUUGGGGGUUCCUCAAGAGGCCCACCGGUAACACCAUCUUCAGAAAAACGAAGCAAGAUCCCCAGGAGUCAGGGAUGUAGCCGAGAAACAAGUCCUAACCGGAUUGGAUUAGAUCGGUUUGGGCUGGGCCAGUCAGGACGCAUCCCUGGGUCUGUGAGUGCCAUGCGGGUCUUGAGUACCAGCACCGACUUGGAAGCUGCCGUGGCCGACGCACUGAAGAAGCCUGUGAGGAGGAGGUACGAGCCCUAUGGAAUGUACUCUGACGAUGACGCCAACAGUGACGCCUCCAGCGUGUGCUCCGAGCGCUCGUACGGCUCCAGGAAUGGUGGCAUCCCCCAUUAUCUGCGGCAGACUGAAGAUGUAGCAGAGGUUCUCAACCACUGUGCGAGUUCCAACUGGUCAGAAAGGAAAGAGGGGCUCCUGGGCCUGCAGAACUUAUUGAAGAGCCAAAGAACACUGAGUCGAGUAGAAUUGAAGAGACUGUGUGAGAUUUUCACCCGAAUGUUUGCUGACCCGCACAGCAAGAGGGUUUUCAGUAUGUUUUUGGAGACCCUCGUGGAUUUCAUAAUCAUUCAUAAGGAUGACUUGCAAGACUGGCUCUUCGUCCUUCUCACACAGCUGCUUAAGAAGAUGGGGGCAGACUUACUUGGAUCCGUGCAAGCAAAAGUUCAGAAGGCUCUGGAUGUCACCAGGGAUUCCUUUCCAUUUGAUCAACAAUUUAACAUUUUGAUGAGAUUUAUUGUGGAUCAAACUCAAACUCCAAACCUCAAGGUCAAAGUGGCCAUCCUGAAAUACAUCGAGUCUCUGGCCAGACAGAUGGACCCCACAGAUUUUGUAAAUUCCAGCGAAACAAGACUUGCUGUUUCUAGGAUCAUAACAUGGACUACAGAACCAAAGAGUUCAGACGUGAGAAAGGCAGCACAGAUUGUGCUCAUCUCUCUGUUUGAACUGAACACUCCUGAAUUUACCAUGUUACUUGGUGCCUUGCCAAAAACAUUCCAGGAUGGUGCCACCAAACUCCUGCAUAACCACCUCAAGAACGCCAGUAACACCGGUGUGGGAUCUCCAAGCAAUACAAUUGGCCGGACCCCUUCCCGACACCCCAGCAGCAGAACCAGCCCCCUGACCUCACCCACCAACUGUUCCCAUGGGGGACUAUCUCCAAGCAUGCUGGACUAUGAUACAGAGAACCUGAACGCUGAGGAGAUCUACAGCUCUUUGCGUGGAGUGACGGAAGCCAUUGAAAAGUUCAGCUUCCGAAGCCAGGAGGAUCUAAAUGAGCCAAUCAGACGAGAUGGCAAGAAGGACUGUGACAUCGUGUCCCGAGAUGGGGGAGCAGCCUCACCUGCGACCGAGGGCAGGGGAGGUGGUGAGGUAGAAGGAGGCAGGAUGGCUUUGGACAACAAGACCUCCCUGCUCAACACGCAGCCUCCACGUGCCUUUCCGGGGCCGAGAGCACGGGAAUACAACCCGUAUCCCUACUCCGACACCAUCAACACCUAUGACAAGACAGCGCUGAAGGAGGCGGUGUUUGACGAUGACAUGGAGCAGCUCCGAGAUGUGCCCAUUGACCACUCGGACCUCGUGGCUGACCUGCUGAAAGAGCUGUCUAACCACAAUGAACGUGUGGAGGAGCGGAAGGGCGCACUGCUGGAGCUGCUCAAGAUCACCAGGGAAGACAGCCGGGGCGUGUGGGAGGAGCACUUCAAGACCAUCCUGCUGCUGCUGCUGGAAACUCUCGGAGACAAAGACCAUUCCAUUCGAGCUCUGGCACUGAGAGUUUUACGGGAGAUUCUGAGAAACCAGCCAGAAAGAUUCAAAAACUACGCAGAACUGACGAUCAUGAAGACUCUGGAAGCCCACAAAGACUCCCACAAGGAGGUGGUGAGAGCGGCUGAGGAAGCGGCGUCCACGCUGGCCAGCUCCAUCCACCCGGAGCAGUGCAUCAAAGUGCUGUGUCCGAUCAUCCAGACGGCCGACUACCCCAUCAACCUGGCUGCCAUCAAGAUGCAGACAAAGGUGGUGGAGAGGAUCACCAAGGAGUCCUUGCUGCAGCUCCUCGUCGACAUCAUCCCGGGCCUGCUGCAGGGUUACGACAACACCGAGAGCAGUGUACGAAAAGCCAGCGUGUUUUGCUUAGUGGCAAUCUAUUCCGUAAUCGGAGAAGAGCUGAAACCUCACCUCGCACAGCUCACGGGGAGCAAGAUGAAGCUGCUGAACUUAUAUAUAAAGAGGGCCCAGACGACCAACAGCAACAGCAGCUCCUCCUCUGAUGUGUCCACACACAGCUAGUGGUCGCGCCAAGUCUGUGCAGAACACACAUUGGUGGCGCCUCUGAGAAGCUCCGUCAGCUGCCCAGUCCAUCCAAGGAGGCCGCACAUAAUUUAUUACAAUCAGUAUUUUGGUCCCUUCCAGCUUUUGUGUAGAAUUUUGCUGGUAUUGAAUGUAACGGAAGCAAGGCCUGUUAUGCAGUCUCCCUAGAAGCAAGAGGACUGAGAACUGAAGAGCCAUACUUACGCGUGUCUCGCACCACCUGCUGACAUCACCAAACCGUGGAGGGCACAGUUCGUAGAGACCAGAGCGCUCUCGCCAGUGCUUGGUACACAGUAGCAUAUUUUCCGGUCCAUACAGACUUGGGGGUGGUUUGGGUUAUUGCUGUGUGUUCUUUAUGCUUAUGUUCUUAGAGUGUGGUCAGAUGGGACAGGACCCCCUCCUGUUACCCAUCUGAUAUGGAGAAAGGUUGUGUGUGUCUUGAGGGUGUAUCUUAGAGACUCUCAAAGUGGAACUGCAGUCUGGGUAGAGAAGGACAACAACCCUGAGCUGGCCUCACGGCAGACAUGAGGGGUUGGCUUCCCAUGCAGAAGGAGCCAACUUCCCUGCCUUGAGAAUAGACUCAGUAAUGCCACCAAAGUUUCAUGGUUGCAUUAAAGAAAUGGCAACUAAAACGCCAAGAUUGGAACCAGACUUACACCAUGUGUCCAGGGACGCACUAGCCAAACCUCUUAAAGCAACUAAGGUAGAGUCUGGCUAAAUAGAUAUUAGAUAAAAUUCUUAAGCCAGAUGACAGUUCUUAAUGCAAUCAUGCAACUUUCCUAGGCUGGCCUUGGAUUUGGUAUCCUCCUGCCUCAGCCUCCCACGUGCUGGGGUUAGAGCUAUGGGCCGUGUGCCCAGCAAAAGCCUGUUUGCUGUGUUCAUUUUGGCAAAGCAUGUGCUCUUCUAGUGCAGAGCCCACUGUAGCCCAGGGCUGAAAGCAGAGGUUGGGCUGGCCAGCUCUCCAGCACUCUGCUCUGACCCUCCAAAUGAGUCAGGCAUGGCGGCUCAUGCCUUUAAUCCCAGCACUCUGCAGGCAGAGAGGCAGGCGGAUCGCUGCGAGUUUGAGGACAGUCAGGGCUACCUAGUGAGACCCUGUCUGGAAAAACAAUCAAAAAGAGAUAGGAGGUUGGGAAAGACCCUUGGGAAAUAGACACUGAAAAUGAAGGUCGUGUGUGUGUGUGUGUGUGUGUGUGUGUGUGUGUGUGUGUGUGUGUGUGUGUGUGUGUGUAGUGGCUCACACAUCUAGCUGUCCCACUGCUACUGUUCGGAGAACUCGGGUGCAUUCUAAGGGAUUUGCUGUUAUGGACUGACUUGGGCUCCAAACAUAGCAGGACCAGACCCUACCUUCAGUUAAAAACACAAAUUCCUGUCUGUUAAGAGAUCAUUAAUGAGAAUCCCUCCCACCCUCCACUAGGAUCCCUCAGUGUUGUAGCACCCGGCCAGGUUACUUAGAGAACUCCCAUGCCUAAUACAGUUAGAAAGGCCCUGCGCUGGCAUUCUCUGCCCCACUGUAACUGAACAGUUCCAGGACAUUGCCUGGUAUCCAUCCUCACAGUACACACAAAGGGCUAGCCCCGAAUGUCACAUGCCCUCCUUCAAUCUGAGUAGAGAGAAUACAGUCAUCUCUGUCUCGGGCUCCACCUGAAGACUGCUGCCCGCAAUGCUGAGGAGACUCGCAUGCUGCCACCACCUCAUGGAGGGCGACUGCCCACUGCCGCUCUCUGAACCCUGACAGCUACAGCUGCCUCGCCUUGCCUCCACCUCCCCAAAGGACUCUGUGCAAAGCACCCAGACCCUGAAGGACUCUUCACAGCACCCAGAACUGUGUUCGCCUCCCCAUCUAUCUGACUAUCCAGGGCCUUGAAACCCCCGACCCUGGGGGACCGCUCAUCGGACUUCCUGCUUCCUGGCAAGCUGCCCCUCCCUCUGCUGGACAGGCUCUCCAGGCGCACUCACUCACUCCUGUGCUGUGCGGACCUGGCACCCACAGACGGCCUGGGCUCGCCUUACCUGGGGCUCUCUACUAGCUUUUCAACGCCUGUGCAGGUAACGCAACAGGUUUGUCUCCUACAUCUUCUGUUCCUUUCUCUGCCUCCCUUGUGGAAAGUCACACUUUAAAAGACAGUAAAUUAGAACUUUAUAGUCCCCCGACCAGGACACUGCUAACCACAUUUGGAAGAAAGAUGCUCUGAAAACAAUCGGCCACCAAGAUAGUUCACACGCAUGGUCUCUGCGCCCCCAGAUUGGGUGUUGUUUGUUUGGGGUUUUUUUGAGGCUUUUUCAUGUUACAUCCAUAUCUGUAUUUAUAUCUUAUUUGUUUCACCUCCCAAGUGUAUCAUGGCAAAUGUACAGAUUUUUUUGUUGUUGUUGUUAAUAAUGUGCUAGGAUUUGCUAAAAAAGAAA